CACCCUUGCCCAUGAUAACCCAGGACUAACCCAGGACUAACCCAGGACUAACCCAGGACUAAGGUGCGCCCGCGAAGACCGUCUGCAGGCGAAAGGACCGCCACAGAGCUCCGCGCCGCACGGAGAUCCUAUCUGUGUUACUUCUGUCUGAUGGAGUGCCAGCUUUGGCCUGACAGAAAAAGACCAGAGCACAGAUGACACAGGAGCAGUACAUCCUGGCAGCACAGCCCAACCCCCUUCACCAGCGGGGGGCGUCAGUGUGCGGGACACAGGUGUACCCUACAGUGGGCAUCUACGGCUGGAGGAAAAGGUGCUUAUACUUCUUCAUCCUGCUCCUCCUCGUCACCAUGAUCGUCAACCUGGCCCUGACCAUCUGGAUCCUCAAAGUCAUGAACUUCACUCCGGACGGAAUGGGGAACCUCAGAGUGACUAAAGAUGGAGUGCGUCUGGAGGGAGUGUCUCAGUUCCUGUCCCCUCUGUAUGUCCAGGAGAUAUGGUCUCGUGGGGACAGUCCACUGAUCCUCCAGUCGGACCGUAAUGUAACAGUCAAUGCCAGGAACGGUGAGGGGCAGCUGACCGGACAGCUCACAAUCGGGUCAGAGAUGGUGGAGGCGCAAUGUCAGAGAUUUGAAGUGAGGAGUGCAGAUGGAGAGAGAGUGCUGUUUUCUGCGGAUGAAGAGGAAAUCAGCAUCGGCACGGAGAAGCUACGAGUCACAGGGAAUGAAGGUGUUGUGUUCAGCCAUUCUGUAGAGACAUCCCAUGUACGAGCUGAGCCGUUCCAAGAUCUAAAGCUGGAAUCCCCCACUCGGACCUUGACCCUGGAAGCGCCUAGAGGAGUGGAGAUCAAUGCAGGUGUAGGGGACUUCACAGCAUCCUGCAGAAAAGACCUCCUGCUGCAGUCCUCAGAUGGAGAGAUCCUUCUAGAUGCCAACACAAUCAGACUGGGCAGUAUCCCCCUGGGCAGUGCGGUGGACCCCCUGGAAGGGGCGCCAGCAGGCACCACUUACACCAAACAGACUGUGUAUGAGCUGUGCUCCUGUGCUAACGGCAAACUCUACCUGUCCCCAGCGGAGAAAGGUUCAACAUGUCAGACCACCAGUAACUUUUGUCUCUGGAGCUGAAACUGACCCAACAGCUACCCAACAUCUGGGACAUGUGGAAGCUACUGCUAGCCAAUGAACACAAUCAGCAAAGAUGCUGGUUUGAUGCAAAGCAAAUGAGGCUCAUGUCUGUACGCGGAUCACAAAGUGUUUGCUAAGAGACCAAAUCUCAAAGGAUCAAGCUUUUUGUUGAGCUCGCUCCAGCUGAAGGACUCAACGUGGACUAGAGCGGGGCAGUGUGCCAGCUCAAUGACCAAAUUAUCUCUGGACUGGUCGAAAGCUUGUGCUAGUGCUUUUGGAAGAGGAAGGGUCAACUAAUUCAGGCAAUGAUGGAAAGUACAGAGUGGACACAGUGCAUUUUGUCACUCUCCAGGUUUCAUGCUGUUAUUGCUGCCAUGAUGGUUCAUGGGAGUCACAGCAAAGUUUGUGCAAAAACAACAGUGAAUUACCCCGCAAUAAAAAAUAUAUAUAUUUAGUGUUUGCCAUAUGAUGAAGAUGUACUGGAAACUACCCAUUUAAAGAUCUGAGGCAUCGAGAUGUGCGUUAAGAAACUACUAUUUGUCCAUUGAUUGAGGGCUGUGGUUCAACCUUGCAGUAAGUAAAAGUGAACUUGGUGUAGCCUGUAGGUGGAAGUUAGGAUUCGCUAAUGGACCAAUCUAUACCAGAACGGCCUUCCCCCGCUUCACAUCGUUACCCCUUCACAAGUCAUCCAUCACCUUCUUGUUUCUUUCACUAAACCUAAACUUAACUAAACCCUUUGUUUUGUUUCUUUACAUGAAAUCAAUUAUGUUUUCACAGCACACAUAUAACUCCUAUCCAUUUGAUACCUGAUGCAAAAUGUUCUUACUUGCAUUCAUUUAAGCCCUUUUCAUCCUUCUGCUGCUUUUUCUAUGCCCCACUUACUCGGUACAUUACAAUUCUUGCUGAACACUUAAAUUCAGCCACAUUGUUUAGAUUGUUUUGGAAAAGCCGUUUUUGGUUUUACAAUUGGUUAAAAACUUGUUUCCACAUGUCCCUUGAGUCAGCCACUGAAAAGCUCUUAAAAACUAUUCAUGGAUGUAAUAUGAGGCCAAUUUCAAUCUCACUCUGGGGCAAUAGUUCGUUUGCCCAAAUUUGUCUUUUUGGUUUAAUCUUUGCCAUAUUCUACCACCCAACCUUAACAUAAUAUCAAUCAGAAAAUCAUCAAAUAUAAUAUCAGCAAUCGUUUUCUUUGAUGAGUUCAAUCAUAUUCUGUGAGAAACCAGCGGCGAUUUCGUGGUUCUCUCUCCUGGAUAAAACUCUGGACAGAUGCAGUUAGAUGAUAAUUGAAUAUCGUGGACACUGGCCCUGAGGCGAACUCUCUUUUUUAAAAACAAAGCGAAACACAGGUGCCUUUGCUGAUGUUGGUAAAAGCACAUCACCGUCUGGACAUUCACACACCCCUCAGUGGACCGUUUGCAACUCUCUGGACUCUCUCUCUCUCUUUUUACAAUCUACCUAUCUGUUCAUUUUGAUGUCCUAUACCUUCCCUCUCCUUGGUUACUCCUUGGUUUUUGUAAAACUCUCGGAGACAAAAAAGGAUGCGAUUCAUUGUUUUGAUGAUUUAUUUUCUGAUGUGUCCCUUGGUUUAAUUCCUGAUGAUUA